AAUAACGAUAAAAGCCAAAAAAGAUAUUCUCAUUCUUGUCAACGAAGCUGAAAGUAACAGCAAGAUGACUCUGUAAAGUUGCGAUUACGCAUCACAAAUUGAAGAAUUAAUGCAGCUGCAGUUAAUAAACAACAAAUUUAUGAUAAUUACAACUAUUUUUUUUGCAGUUUAAUUUGUAAUUGAAGCAGAAUUUCAAGCAGAAGCAUAUUCCAUUGGAGUAGAACAAAGGUACUUGAUUCUGCUUGAAAUGGCAGACAGCAACAUAAAGCAGCCUUUAUUACAUCUGCCACCUCAAACCUGUCAAAAUGUUGCCCCAAUGAGAAGAAGAUUACGCCGAUUUAAAAGUGCUCCUAUGGCCGAAUUUUUUCCUGGAGAGAUAAAUGACACAAAGGACAACCAAUCACUCCCACGUUCUGAUUCAAUUUUGGAUAAACUCCAUCCAAGUUUCAGAAAAGUUAUGUUUUACUUGGUUAUAUACCUGGCUAUUGGUACCAUGUGCUUUUACUUUGUUCAGAACCAGAUCGAGGGAAAGAAAGUAAACGGAGUUCUUGAUUCUCUUUACUUCUGUGUUGUGACAAUGACCACUGUUGGAUAUGGGGACCUUGUGCCGGAUAGUACAACUUCUAAACUGCUUGCUUCCGUCUUUGUUUUCUCCGGGAUGGCCCUUGUCGGACUGGUUUUAAGUGAAGGAGCAGAUUACCUAGUGGAGAAGCAGGAAACACUAUUAAUCAAAGCAAUGCAUGUGCGUCGUAAAGUUAGUCCUAGUGAAAUUUUAAAAGAAAUUGAAACAAACAAAUUAAGGUACAAGUGCCUUGUCACAACGGUCUCUCUCGUGGUGUUAAUGGUUGUUGGAACGGUGUUCCUUGCCAAGGUAGAAAAGUUAAGUACCAUUGAUGCCUUUUAUUGUGUCUGUUCUACCAUCACAACCUUAGGAUAUGGAGACAAAAGCUUCUCAACAAGAGCGGGGCGCAUUUUUGCUGUGUUUUGGAUUUUGACUAGCACCAUUUGUUUGGCUCAGUUCUUCCUUUAUGUUGCUGAAGUCAACACAGAAAAGAGACGGAAGGAGCUGGUGAAGUUGGUUCUUACAAGAAGGAUGACAAAUGUAGACUUGGAAGAAGCUGAUCUUGAUAAUGAUGGGCUUGUUGGGGCUGCUGAAUUUGUGGUUUAUAAGCUUAAGGAGAUGGGGAAGAUCAACCAAGACGACGUUUCACUUUUGUUGGACGAGUUUGAAAAUCUUGAUGUUGACCAGUCUGGAACUUUGUCUACCACAGAUUUGACACUUGCUCAAUCAUCUUGAAAGGGAAGGCGGCUGCAGUGCUGCAUAAAAUUCCAUAUCGAGCUAGCGUGUUAUUUCCAUGAGCUUCUGCAGAGUCUUGAGUCUGGUGCUCAUUUCAUCGUAUCGUGAGUGUUUUUUCAACAGGUACCGGAGUCAUAUUCAGUUUAUCCACUUCAUAGAAUGCACCAUGUAUAUGCAGUGUAAAUUAAGGUAAAAACAACAGUUAUUGUGGCUUUGCUGGUGGGCUAUUCGACUCGGUUAUUGUAGUCUUGAAUCUGAAUUGAGUUUCUCCUGAAAGUUUGUUUACAGAAACUGUGAAGCGCCUUUUUCUGGUGGAACUUGAAAGACAACAAGCCAUUAUUUGAUUUUGAAUAUACAGUGAAAUAGAUUUACCAAUUUGAGAUGUGAACAUUCUUUCAUCGGCAAAAAAGAAUGUAUGAUUUAUGAA